GUGUAUUCAAGCUGUUCUGAAGCGUGUUAGUUUUAGUUUGGAAUUCCUUUUCACUGUUUCCCAUUUUAAUCCUUUAUCAUUUCCCAUGUGUACUUACCUGGCACUUAAUUUAUGGUUUUUCGAGUGUGCUUUCAGUUUAUUUCUGUCAGCUGUUAAAAAGGCUGGAGCGGUUUGCAGCAAGCCGGCGUGAAGAUGUCGCGUUCUGCGUCCAGAUCGAACUCAGCCUCUCUGGCGUUCUUCGAGGCCAUUGCUGAACUCUUGUCCAAAUCAGCGUUAUCAUGUAAUGGGGAAACCGCUGGAUGCGAGCCGAGCCCCUCCACCAGCGCAGCGCUCCUGUCGCUGCUGAAGAAGCUGAAGUAUCGUCCGGGCGAAGCGAACCCGCUGCUGGACCAGCUGCACACGGCGCUCUCUAGCAAAGGCACCACACCUUCUGACUGCGUGACCAUUCCGCGCACGGACGACGGGCGCAUGCAGCUGGCGGGGAAGAAGCGCUUCCCCCACGUGCUCUACUGCCAGAUCUUCCGCUGGCCCGGCGUGCACAAGAAUGAACUGCGCCACGUGCCUGCCUGUCGCUACGGAUACGAUACAGCGGCCUCCAGAGAGCACAGCCUCGUCUGCGUCAAUCCGCAUCACUAUGAACGCGGGCCCCUGCUGACGCUGAGCGCUGCCCUAUCAGGCCUCGGCGAGGUGGAUGCAGGUCGACUGCGAAAGGAUUCGACGGUGUCGGAGCCUUCUUGUACAAUGGAUACGCCGCCGGCUUUGACAGUGGCCGCGCCGCCGCCCGCCCGUGGAUUGGCGGGACCGACGGAUUCCGCUCCUGCUAAACGUGCCAGAAAGCAUUCCGAUCGUUCCAGUGUGUCGGAGGGGUUUCCGCCGUGUUUGGAAAUAACGCCGCCGGAAUCACCCCAAGUUUUCAGUUCGGUAACCAAAGAGUCGAUGGACGAUAUUAUAGAGUUGCCGAACACGCCGGGAAGGUCGGACAGUUGCCGGCCGCGUGUUAAUGCCGCUCUGUCGCCUUUGUCAGGGAAAAUAUCAGUGGCUGUUCGUGGACUGAAACAAGAUUUGGUUUCCGCGGAUACAGGAAAAGGUUUUAAGCCCUACGUUAAAUCGGCUUCGUCAUCAAUGUCGACAAAUCCAUCGGAUCGGUGCGCCCCUGCAAUAUCUGCCAAAUCGCCGUCAAAUGGCUUACUGUUGGAUAAAGUUGGUAGUGUGAAUCCUGUCGUUCCACGGAAGGAACCGGUGUUUCUGCUGCAGUCGCGUGAUUCGGCAGCCGAUCGUGGUUCGGAAGAGCCGCGUGCAUUGGCGGCAUCGCCAGCAAAUUUCCGCUGUGAUGCGCCCGCUGCGUGGAAUGGGCUCCCGCCAACCGGGAGCGGCUACUUUUUGCCGCCUUCUUGGUGGUCACUGUGGAUGCAGCACAGCAUUCUCCCAUCGUACUUUUAUAGUCCCGUCACUCCCACUCAGUUACAAAACAAGUUGGAAGAUGAACAAUUUCGAGCGCUGCUUAUCGCGGUACCGAUACCGGAGCACUGGUGCUGUUUCCUCUAUUACGAGUUGGAUCAACAGAUUGGAGAUAUAUUCGAUGUGCCGGCAGCCGAUACCACCAUUUACAUCGAUGGACACGAAAAAGCGGGUCAUGCCAACCAGUACUGCCUGGGCCUGCUGACAAAUCCCCACCGUAGUGAGGCAGUGAUACAGGCUCGUCGCCUGAUCGACGAUGGAAUCGAACUCGCCACCAAGCCUGGCGGCGACGUCUGGUUGCGGUGUCUGAGUCCGCAAGGAGUCUACCUGCAGAGCUACAGCCUGAACUGCGCAGCCGGACGUACUCCGGGUGACGCUGUGCAUAUGCUGCACCAUCGUGGAGAAAUGAAGAUAUUUGAUCUUCGCCAGUUCGUAUCCCAUAUGAAGACUGUGGUCCUGGAUGAGCAGCCUGACGAUGACGAUGCUCGCGGUCGCAUUCGGGCUGAUCUGCAUCGCCUCGGCGUGAUUCGGUUGAGUUUCGCCCACACCUUUGCCACUCCCCGACAACCCGUCGAGCGCAUGCCUUGCUGGAUUGAGAUUCGCUUAAAAUGGCCGCACCGAUUAAUCGAGGCAGUAAUCCGGGAUGUGGACGAAACGGAUACGAGCGAUGAGGAAGUGGAUGUCGAUUGAGGCAGUUUGGCUUUUAAACUGAAUGAAAACCGGCCGUACCAUCCUCGAGAUGUUUUGUUUGAAUGGAGUGAUCAAGAAGUGCUCAUUACAAUUUACAAUCUUUUAUGUAUAUUUGCGGCUUCCCGUUGCCUUGGUUGCUUGGACUGUUUUCAUGGUGCAACCAGCAGUGUUAUACGUUUUGACUGUUGCACGGCGUAACUUUCCUAGAUUGGUUUUACUUUUUUCUAUGUUUUUUAGUUGAAUUGCGUCUUGUCUUGGUGGUUUACGAGUGCGGUUGUUGCUGAACCUAUGAUGAGAGUGAUUACAGAAACGCUACCCUAGUGCUUACAU